CGGGUGCGUAGGGCGGGGAAACACUGCGACUCCGUCUGUCUCCCAGCCCAGAGUCCCAAGAGUGUGAGUGCGUGCUGUGGUGACCAAGAGUGGGGCGUGAGUCCCCGGCCAGGCGAGGGCUGCAGUCCCCCCUCCCCAGGAGCAGGCCCCGGGGUUUCCGGGGAGUUCUGGUCCCGAGGACAACGCCCCAUGCCCUGUGAGCCCAGUGGCUAGCGAUGCUCCUGUUGCCGCUUUCGCUGUUGCUGCUGCUGGGGCCCCAGCGGGGCUGCGCAGACCUUGUGGCGAAGACGCUGACCCCAGAGAGGGUCCUUGAAUAUCAGGAUAAAGGAAUAUUCAUCAUUCAAAGUGAGAGCCUCAAGAAAUGCAUUCAAGUGAGUGAAUCUGUACUGAGCCUGGAAGACUGUAAAGAGCCAAACAGGAACAUGCUGUGGAAAUGGGUUUCAAAUUACCAUCUCUUUAACCUGGGAGCCAGCGGUUGCCUGGGUCUGAAUUUAUCUAAUCCAGAGCAGCCAUUAGGCACGUAUGAAUGUGACUCCACAGAGGUUGCACUGAGGUGGUAUUGCAACUGGAAGACGAUUGUGGGUCCGCUACAGUACAUGAUCCAGCUGGAACGUAACACUACGCUGAUCGCCUCGCGGAAGCAUAGUCACAAGUGGGUUACUUAUAUGUCAGAUGGUGGAGACAUUUGUGAACACCUUUACAAAGAUAUAUAUACAAUCAAGGGGAAUGACCACGGGAUGCCAUGUGUAUUUCCCUUCCAGUACAACCAUCAGUGGCAUCAUACAUGUAUCCGGGAAGGUCGGGGAGACAACUUGCUGUGGUGCGCAACGACAAGCCGAUAUGAGAGAGAUGAGAAGUGGGGAUUUUGCCCAGAUCCCACCUCUACAAAAGUAUCUUGUGACGUUGUCUGGGACAAGGACCACAAUGCACACAUUUGCUACCAAUUCAACCUGCUUUCAUUUCUCUCUUGGAAUGAGGCACGUGAUUCAUGUCAGAUGCAAGGAGGUGAUUUAUUAAGUAUCGAGGAUAAAAAUGAAGAAAAUUUCAUAAAGAAGCAUAUGAGCAAUAGCACACAGGAAGUGUGGAUAGGUUUGAACCAGCUACAUGAAGACACUGGCUGGCAGUGGUCCGACGGAACACCAUUAAACUACCUCAACUUGUACCCAGAGAUCCAUUUUGAUCCAUUUGCUGAACAUUACUGUGGAACGUUUCAUUCAUUUAUGCUAACUUCUUGGAGGAGUAGGGGUUGUGGGCUCCCUUUUCCUUAUGUAUGUAAAAAAUAUCUAAACCACACUGAUCAGGAAGCAGCUGAACAAGAUGCUUGGAAAUACCAUGCUACCCACUGUGAACCCGGCUGGAAUCCCUACAAUCGUAAUUGCUACAAGCUUCAGAAAGAAAAAAAGACCUGGAAUGAGGCUUUACAGUCAUGCCAGUCUGAGGACAGUAUAUUGAUAGACAUAGCUUCGUUAGCAGAGGUGGAGUUUCUUGUAAACCUCCUUGGAAAUGAAAAUGCUUCAGAAACGUGGAUUGGUUUGAGCAGCAAUAAAAUUCCAGUUUCCUUUCAAUGGUCUAAUGGCUCUUCAGUAGUAUUUACUAAUUGGGACUCACUAGAGCCCCUAAUUUUUCCAAGUAGAAGCCAGCUGUGUGUCUCAGCAACGCACCCUGAGGGACACUGGAAAAUUACAAAAUGUGAAGAAACACUUUUUUAUACUUGUAAAAGAGCAGGCCAUAUCCUUUCUGAUGCAGAAUCAGGAUGUCCCGAGGGAUGGGAGAGACACGGUGAAUUCUGCUACAAAAUUGACCCAGUCCUGCGAAGCUUUGACCAUGCUUCCAGCGGUUAUUAUUGUCCCCCCGCACUUAUAACCAUCACAAAUAGGUUUGAACAGGCAUUUAUUACCAGUUUGAUCAGCAGUGUGGGGAAAAUGAAGAACCAUUAUUUUUGGAUAGCUCUCCAAGACCAAAAUGACACAGGAGAAUACACUUGGAAGACAGCAGGGCAGGAGUCUAAGCUGGUGCAGUACACACACUGGAAUGUUCAUCAGCCCAGCUUCAGCGGUGGCUGCGUCGCCAUGCGAGGAAGUAAUCCACCCGGCCGCUGGGAAGUGAAGGACUGCACACACUUUAAGGCGAUGUCCUUGUGCAAGCAGCCAGUGGAAACGCAGAAGGAGACAGAGCAGAAAGAGAAUUGGCCCUUUCGACAUUGCUAUCUGGACUGGGAGUCCAAGCCUGGCGUGGCCAGUUGUUUCAAGGUAUUUCAUAGUGAAAAAGUUCUGAGGAAAAGAACAUGGAGAGAAGCUGAGGCAUUUUGUGAAGAAUUUGGAGCUCAUCUCGCAAGCUUCGCCCAUAAUGAGGAAGAAAACUUUGUUAACGAGCUUUUACACUCCAAAUUUAAUGGGACAGAAGAAAGGCAGUUCUGGAUAGGAUUUAAUAAAAGAAACCCACAGAGUGCGGGGUCGUGGGAGUGGUCAGAUGGGACUCCGGUCGUCUCUCCAUUUUUAGACAAUACUUACUUUGGAGAAAAAACAAGAAACUGUGCUGUGUUUAAGGCAAACAAAACAUUGCUGCCCUCACACUGUGGUUUCAAACAUGAAUGGAUAUGCAAAAUUCCAAGAGGUGUGAGACCCAAGAUUCCAUCCUGGUACCAGUAUGAUGCACCCUGGCUCUUCUACCAGGAUGCAGAGUACUUUUUUCAUACCCAUAGUUCAGAAUGGGGUGCCUUUGAGUUUGUCUGUGGCUGGCUGAUUGGUGAACUUCUCACAAUUCAUUCUUCACAUGAGCAAGAAUUCAUCCACAACAAAAUAAGAAAGCUAUCGAAAUAUGGUGCAAAUUGGUGGAUUGGACUUCAAGAAGAACGAACCAACAAUGAAUUUCAUUGGAGUGAUGGGUCACCAUUAAUAUACCAAAACUGGGACGAAGGAAGAGAAAUAUCUAUGAAUAACCAAAGCCAGAGAUGUGGCUUCAUUUCUUCCAAAACAGGACUCUGGGGUACUGAGGAGUGUUCAGUUUCUAUGCCUGCUAUUUGUAAGCGAAAAAAGAUUCACGUCAUUGAGGAAGAAAAAUAUACACCAAAAAAAUAUGGAGCCUGUCCCAAAGGAUGGCUAUACUUUAACUAUAAGUGCCUGUUAAUAAUGGUCCCCAAAGACCCAAGAAAUCUAACGAACUGGACGGAAGCUCUGGAUUUCUGUGUUGCCGAAGGUGGGGCACUGGUGACCAUUGAGAGUGAAGUGGAACAAGCUUUCAUUACUAUGAAUCUUUAUGGCCAGACCACUAAUGUGUGGAUAGGGUUACAAAGUAAUGAUUAUGAAAAAUGGCUGAAUGGAAAGCCCGUGGCUUAUUCUAACUGGUCUCCAGUUGAUAUAAUUAAUCUUCCAAAUCAUGCCACUGAAGUUCACAAACACAUUCCUCUCUGUGCCUUGCUGUCAAGUAAUCCUAAUUUUCAUUUUACUGGAAAAUGGUAUUUAGAAGACUGUGGAAAAGAAGGCUAUGGAUUUGUUUGUGAAAAAAUGCAGGAUACUUCUGGACACCUUGUAAAUAUAUCAGAUAUAUUUCCAAUCCCCAGUACCUUAGAAUACGGAAACAAAGUUUACAAAAUAAUUAAUGCAAACAUGACUUGGUAUGCGGCAGUAAAAGCCUGCCUGAUGCAUAAAGCAGAACUUGUCAGCAUUACCGACCAGUACCAUCAGUCCUUCCUCACUGUGGUCCUCAGCCACCUACGACGUGCCCAUUGGAUUGGACUAUUCACCCCUGAUAAUGGCCGUAAUUUUGACUGGUCAGAUGGCACCAAAUCCUCUUUCACUUUUUGGAAUGAAGAAGAGCCAUCCUUCCUCGGUGAUUGUGUUUUUGCUGACACAGAUGGACGUUGGCAUAGUGCAGCCUGUGAGUCAUUUCUGCAGGGUGCCAUUUGUCAUGUGCCCACUGAGACAAAACUAUUUGAACAACCAGUGUUGUGCUCAGAAACAUCUAUACCCUGGAUAAAAUUUAAGAGUAAUUGCUACAGCUUUUCUACAGUCCUAGACAGUAUGAGUUUUGAGGCUGCUCGUGAAUUUUGCAGAAAGGAAGGAUCUAAUCUGUUAACAAUCAAGGAUGAAGAUGAAAAUUCCUUUCUCCUGGCAGAGCUCUUAGCUUUUGGUUCCUCUGUCCAGAUGGUUUGGUUGAAUGCUCAACUUGAUAGUAACAAUGAAACGAUAAAGUGGUUUGAUGGAACGCCCACAAACCAGUCAAACUGGGGCAUUCGGAAACCAGACCUGGAGCCCGCCAAGUCCCACCAGUGCAUUGCCCUGAAGAUUCCUGAAGGAGUGUGGCACUUAUCUCCGUGUCAAGACAAGAAGGGGUUUAUAUGUAAAAUGGAGGCAGAUAUUCACACUGAAAAGGAGCUUCCAGGAAAAGAGCCCAGUCACAGCGCUGUUCCUCUGGCAAUUGUACUGACACUGAUAAUAAUCCCGGUCAUCUCCACACUUUCCGUCUACGUCUACAAGUGGAAUAGUAGCUUCUUCCGGAGACUUGCAGGGCUUGGGAAUCCUUACUGUCCUAUGACCAGCUUUAGUACGGUACAUUUAGAGGAAAAUAUUGUCAUCUCUGAUCUUGAGAAGAGUGACCCAUGACAGGGAAGUCUGAGAAUACGUCAGCCAGGAAGCUGAAUAAGGAAGACCCAAGCAGUGCUGUCUGUGUUUCUCUUGUACCAGGUGCCCUUAGAAUGUGAACAGUCUCACUGCUUUAAUUAUUCUUAAAGUAAGUAAUAGUCUUUAAUUAAAACCAUUAUCACAUGGA